AUGUAUACUGUUAAACGCAAGCGAAAAAUUGGAGUUCAGGUUGGAUGUUSUGAGUCAUGUUUAAGGACUACUGGUACACAAUGCGGAGAAUCAAGAGGAAGUUAUACAAGAAAAGAUGCAUCAAAACUCACGUACGACAGGCUAAAGGAGGAAUACCUAUGGGACAAGGAAUAUACUCUGAAGUGGCUCAAGGAAGAAGGAUUAAUUUGUUCUAUACAGUUAUGCGAACACUGUGGAAAUGAAAUGAAUUGGGUACCGUGUAUUGAUAGAAGCGAUGGAUUUAGAUGGGAAUGCAGGAAAAGUAUUAAYGGAAAGAAGCAUMGAGUAGAGAAGAGCGUUCGAGAAGGAAGCUGGUUUGAAAAGGCAAAUCUAACCAUUGAAGAAACAAUAAAGUUUAUAUACUGGUGGACAAGAGGAAUGAAACAGAAYCAAAUUAAAGAGGAACUUGGACUAAGUCCAAAUACAGCAGUUGACUGGGACAUGUUUUGCCGUGAGGUGUGUGAGGUAACAAUAACAGAGAAAAGUGAGGUACUUGGCGGACCAGGGAAGAUAGUUCAGAUAGAUGAAAGUAAGAUUGGAAAAAGGAAGUAUCACAGAGGGCACAUGGUAGAAGGACAGUGGGUGUUUGGCGGAAUAGAGGAAGAUUCAAGAAAGUGUUUUAUAGUGGCAGUAGAAAAUAGGACAGAGGAAACAUUAUUAGCAUUGAUAAAAAAGUGGAUUAAGCCUGGUACACUGAUAGUUUCAGAUUGUUGGAAAGGCUACAUAAACCUGGAAAAACAUGGCUACGAACACAGAACUGUAAAC